GACCCUGACUCCUCUCAGGAUUUAUGUGGGCGCCAGUAAAUCUCUUGUCUAAUUUCGAUUCAUUUUCUGUUGAUUCUCUAAAUAAUCGAAGUUCUGCUUUCUUUAUCAAAUUUUGUAAUUUCAUUUUGGUUUGUCAUCAUUAAUUAAAUCGCCCAUUUCUUUAAUUAGUUCUCAAAUCAAUGGAAGUUGUGAUGAAUUGCAAUGGUGACGCGAAGCCUAAUAAGAAUUAUUCCGCCGAGAAUAAUUUGAACAUUGAUUUAAUCAACUCUGCAAAGCAGCCCGUUGGAGGUUCUGGCCAUGGAGGAUUUACAUCAUUGCGUGUUGAAUCCAUGAGGGCCUGCGGUUUGGCAGCUCGUAUGAAGGCUUCUCGAGGAACUAAGGGCAAGUCACAUUAUAGUAGAAGUGAAGAUCCUUCUCUGGUCCAUCAUCCAGUUUUGCAAAAUGGUAUACAUCUUAAGAGAAAUUCUCCGAAAUCUGGCUGGGAAAUCAAUGAUGAGCAUUUACUUGAGAAGUACAAUGAAGAUGGUAAGGAAUCAAGGACUGAAAAAAGGUUCAAAGUUGGUAGUACAACUGUAAGGAAACUUUUUAUGGAGGAUAGAAUUGAUGAAGUUAAACAAUCAGAUGCUGGCCAGAAGCAUACAGACGAUACAGCAAAGUUGUUUCUUGCUUCUAAAAACUGCUUUGCUGGGUUUGGUUAUGCCAAUUCUCAGGAACCUGGAGAGUUAUCACAAGCCACUGCACAGGACCAGCUUUGAAAUUUUGUGGGCCUUUAGGCCAACUUCAAAUAUGGGGCCUUGGGCCUUAAAAUCUAUAGAAUUUUUGAUAGGAAAAUCAAUAAUUAUACUAUUACCGUGAAUGUGUUUUAGAAAUUAUUUUUAAAUAGAUACUAUAGUCAAUCUAUUUAACCUUUCUUCCGAAAUUGUUGAUGGAGGGUAGAAUUUUAUCAA